AUGAGCGAUGAGCUACUGGAGCUGCUAUACUUCAUUGCAGGUAGUCAAAAGGAAGACUCUGAAAAAAUUGAUCUCAACAAGGAUGCUCUUCAAGCUAGCGGCAUGAAGGAAGGAACUAAUGACGCCGCUCCUUUGAGUAUUUGUCUCGUCGUCUUGUAUGAUGAUCUUUCUGGGGGUUUUCAAGUCUUUAGAUCCAAGAAGGAUUGGCCGGUACUACCAGCUGGCGUCAAUUUUAAUCCCACGGAUCAGGAGUUGAUCGAGCACCUAGAGGCCAAAGUGAGUGCUAACAGCACGAGAUCUCACCCUCUCAUCGAUUCGUUCAUACCAACCAUCGACAGCGAGUACGGCAUGUGCUACACCCAUUCGGAGAAACUUCCAGGUAUCACAUUGAGUGGCCUAAGCAAGCAUUUCUUCCAGCACAACUCGAGGGCGUUCAAAAGGGGCACACGGACGCGUCGCAAGAUACAGUCAAAGUGCGGCAUGCACGCGGAUGCAUCGCAGUGGCAAAAGACCGGCAAUACCAUGUCGGUGAUGGUCAACGGCCAGCAGACAGGUAGCAAAAAGGUUCUGGUGUUGCACACCAACAAGAACUUCGCCCAGCAGAGGACCAACUGGGUGAUGCACCAGUACCACCUCGGGGACCUGGAGAUAGAGAAGGAGCAGAAGCUAGUCGCCUGCAAGAUUUUAUACCAGAGGAACACUAAGGUUGGGACUAAAAAGAUUAUAAGUUAG